AUGGCCACCAUGCAUGCCAACCGUUUUGGCCCAAAGCACAUGCAAUAUGUGAUCAACGGCAACACGUGCACCAAGUCCCCUCUGACGGACGCCAUGACACCAAAUUGCAUCCCGGAUGGCGCUAAGUAUUGGGGCGGUUUCUACAUCGGCGGUCCAGACACCCCGUUGCCGUGCCACAGGUGGCUGUACAUGUCCAAAGGGACAAAUGUUUCCCUUACAGUUACACAGCAGGACUGCUAUCCUGUGUUGGAGACGGAGUACGGGAACACGCCCAGAGGUGGCCAGAUGGCGUCAAUUGCCUUCACGUCUGUCCGCCCCGGCAUUCAGGACCCUACAGUUUUCAACCCUCCGUCCAUUUGUAACAAGGUCUCCAAAGAGCACCCUCACCACCAGUUACAAGGACUCCAUCGACGGGCUAUGAACAUACUGAGGAGAUGAAAUGACAAAUGCGACGUAUAUGUAUGGACAUGAAGAUGCCGAGUUUUAACCAGGGACUGCAUUAUAUUGAAAAUAAUCCUACUGAUAUAUACUUCAGUGUAAAACAAAUUAGUAAAAAAUAUGACUAGUUUAAUCAUGUUUAAACCGAAAGAACUUUAUUUCAGUUGUGUAUAUGACAUUGUGUGGUAAAAUAUUGGCCUUUGUGAAAAAAAAACAACUAUCAAAUACAAUGUAGGGUUUUCUGUAUGUGUAUGUGAUUCUACAAAUAACACUCUGCAUAAUUA